UUGUGUGUGUGGUAUUGUGUCUGAGAGAGAGAAGGAGAGAGUGAUCAGUACAGUGUUUGGAAUUGUUGAAUACCCCAAUACCAGAACAAUGUUUUCCAAUACAAACAUACCUUCAACUAAAACAGUUUUAUCCGCAGCAGCGUCUCUGGCAGCGUCGGUGAUGCUUGUUCGGUCAAUAGUCCACGACUUCUUACCUCAUGAGGUACAACACUAUGUCUUCUCCGGCCUACGAAGCAUCCUCACUCGUUUCUCCUCGGAAUUGACCAUUGUCAUCCAAGAAUUCGAUGGGCUUACCAACAAUCAAAUCUACCAGGCUGCCGAGAUCUACUUGGGCCCCAAGUUCUCCCCCUCCACUCGAAGACUAAAGGUGAGCAAACCCGAAAAAGAGAAUAAUUUCAUCGUCGCUAUGGAGAAAAACGAAGAGAUAGUAGAUGUCUUCGACGGUGUACAGUUCAAGUGGAGAUUUGUAUGCAGCCUUGUCGAAUCUUCGUCGCCUUAUUACAACAACCCCUACAAUUUCAACUCGACGGUACGAUCCGAAGUCCGAUCCUUUGAGCUCACUUUUCACAAGAAACAUAAGGAUAAGGUGUUGGGUUCUUACUUGCAUCACAUAUUAAGGGAGUCCAAGGAGAUGAAACAAGAGAACAAGACACUGAAGCUAUUCACGCUGCAAUUCGACCGCGUCUAUGGAAGCAGGGGAGAUGCAUGGACUUCCAUUAACCUGGAUCAUCCUGCAACGUUUGAGACGGUGGCGAUGGAUUCGGAGCUCAAGAAGGCAGUAAUGGAGGAUUUAGAGAGGUUUGUGAGGAGGAGAGAAUUCUAUAGGAGGGUAGGAAAGGCUUGGAAACGUGGGUAUUUGUUGUACGGCCCUCCGGGGACGGGUAAGUCGAGCUUGGUUGCUGCUAUGGCCAAUUACCUCAACUUCGACGUGUACGACUUGGAGCUAACCGAUGUCCGUUGCAACUCGGAGCUAAGGAGGUUGCUGGUCGCAACAGCCAACCGUUCGAUAAUUGUCGUUGAGGACAUUGAUUGCAGUAUUGAUUUGGAAGAUCGACAAGGCGCAGCUGAUGAAAGAUCCAAAUUCUACGUAAAUGGCUUUCGUCAAGAUAGCGAGAAAGUGACCCUGUCAGGGGUGCUCAAUUUCAUUGAUGGACUAUGGUCAAGUUGUGGAGAUGAAAGGAUCAUAAUGUUCACAACCAACCAUAAGGAUCGGCUAGACCCCGCCCUACUUCGCCCUGGCCGCAUGGACAUGCACAUCCAUAUGUCCUACUGCACUCCUAGCGGUUUUAGGCUACUUGCCUCUAAUUACCUUGGGAUAUCUGAGCACUCCCUCUUUCCAGAGAUUGAUGAAUUGAUCAAGGAGACGGAGGUCACACCUGCUGAAGUGGCCGAGGAAUUCAUGAAGAAUGACAGUCCUGAAAUUGUACUCACAGGCCUUCUCCAAUUCAUACAAACAAAAAAGAAGGAACAAGACGAAGCCAAAGCUACUAAAUCCCAAGGAGAGAGAUUAAUAAAGUGUGAAGAAAUUCAAGAGGAAGGGGAAAAAGGGCAACAAAGUUGAAGGUGAGAAACAAGAGGACCAAAUGAAGUGCAAAUGCAUACAUGAUACAACCCGGCCCCCUCAGGAGUCAGGACUAGAACGUAUUACUCUCUAUAGCUAGUAAGAUUAGAUUUUAAGCCAGAACUCUGUAUUGCCUAUCAUUAUCAUUAUUAUUAUUAUUAUUAGCACUUAAAUCAUUUAUUACUA